AUGUCGUCGUCACGAUCCAAUGGAAGACAACUGAACAGUAUGUACGACCCAUACAGUGACGAUGACGAUGAUGUGAUGGACUUACACAUGGACUGUGCGGGGGCCAUAGAUGGCACACAUGUUGUUGUUAUGGCACCAGAAGGUGACCAAAUGCCAUAUCGAGGUAGAAAAGUGCAUACAACUCAAAAUGUCAUGGCUGCAUGUUCAUUUGACAUGAAGUUUACGUUUGUAUACACUGGUUGGGAAGACAAGUAUUAUCUUGUUGACGCCGGGUAUACACACAUGCCUGGGUACGUAGCCCCAUAUCGUGGCCAAAAAUACCAUUUGCAAGAGUUCAAUAGGCGGCGUCGCUACCAUGGUCCACAGGAGUUGUUUAACCAUAGACAUUCUUCUUUGAGGAAUGUUAUAGAAAGAACCUUUAGAGUGUUGAAGCAACGGUUUCCAUUAUUGAGACACAUGUCACGGUAUGAUAUGGUACGACAAGGGCCAAUCGUUAUGGCAUGUUGUGUUCUCCACAAUUGGAUCCGGACGGUGCAAGAGCAGGAUGAAUUUUUCGAUGCAGAAGAAUCAAGUGACGAAGAUGAAGAUGACGUUGAAGACGAAGACGAAGAUGAAGGUGAAGGUGAAGGUAAAAGUGGAGGUGAAGGUGCAAGCCAAGUUGAGGGUGAAGUUGGAGUUCAAAAUGUCCACGGAAAUGAAGAUGGAGUACCAACUAUGCAAUAA